AAGGGAGCCAGCCCCGGCCCCCGGCGGCGGGGAGAGCGCGGCUAGCCCCGCACGAUGGAUGCCCCGCGCGCCCAGGCCGGCCCCAGGAUGCCCCCGAGCAGCACCUGCGCGCCCCGGCGGGGCCCCGGGUUCUGAGCGCACCGCCGCACAGGAUUCUGUUUCAGACGUGUGUGAAAUAGGUUGCUCGCUUGAAAAUAGAAACACAGUGCAAGGUUUUGCUGAGCCCCCUGCCUUUUCCCAAGAUGGAACCGAUCACCUUCACGGCGAGGAAACACGCCUUUCCUAACGAGGCCUCGGUGGACUUCGGCCUUCAGCUGGUGGGCUCCUUGCCGGUGCACGCUCUCACCACCAUGCCCAUGCUGCCCUGGGUUGUGGCAGAGGUCCGGAGGCUCAGCGGGCAGACCUCCAGAAAGGAGCCCGUGACCAAGCAAGUGCGGCUUUGUGUUUCGCCCUCCAGACUGAGAUGUGAACCCGACCUGGGCAAGAGUCAACCGUGGGACCCACUGAUCUGCUCCAGCAUCUUUGAGUACAAGCCUCAGCAUGUGCACAAACUGAUUCACAACAGUCAUGACCCCAGUUACUUUGCUUGCUUGAUUAAGGAGGAUGCCGCCCGUCGGCAGAGUAUCUGCUACGUGUUCAAGGCUGACGAUCAAACAAAAGUGCCAGAGAUCAUCAGCUCCAUCCGCCAGGCCGGGAAGCUCGCGCGCCAGGAGGAGCUGCACUGCCCGUCCGAGUUUGACGACACGUUCGCCAAGAAGUUCGAGGUGCUGUUCUGCGGCCGCGUGACGGUGGCCCACAAGAAGGCGCCGCCGGCCCUGAUCGACGAGUGCAUCGAGAAGUUCAACCAUGUCAGCUGCAGCAGGAGGGCGGAUGUGGACCUGGCCUCCCGGAACCCCGAGCCCCUGGGUCCCGGGGGCGGACUCCGGGCCGCGCUGCCCGGGGCGGCCGCCGAGGAGCCCGGCCGCAGGCCCAUGCGCAAGUCCUUCUCGCAGCCGGGCCUGCGCUCGCUGGCCUUCAGGAAGGAGUUCCAGGACGCAGGGCUUCGCGGCAGCAGCUGCUUCAGCUCUUUCGAGGAGAGCGACAUCGAGAGCCACCUGCUCAGCGGGCGCAAUGUUGUGCAGCCGACGGAUAUCGAGGAGAACAGGACUAUGCUCUUCACGAUUGGCCAAUCGGAAGUUUACCUCAUCAGCCCUGACACCAAAAAAGUAGCAUUGGAGAAAAAUUUCAAGGAGAUAUCCUUUUGCUCUCAGGGCAUCAGGCACGUGGACCACUUUGGGUUUAUCUGCCGUGAGAACUUGGGCGCUGGCGGCGGCGGCCUGCAUUUCGUCUGCUACGUGUUUCAGUGCGCAAACGAAGCUCUGGUCGAUGAAAUCAUGAUGACCCUGAAGCAGGCUUUCACGGUGGCGGCGGUGCAGCAGACGGCCAAGGCUCCGGCCCAGCUGUGUGAGGGCUGCCCCCUGCAGGGUCUGCACAAGCUCUGUGAACGCAUAGAGGGAAUGAAUUCUUCUAAAACCAAACUAGAACUGCAGAAGCACCUGACAACGUUGACAAACCAGGAGCAAGCGACCAUUUUUGAAGAGGUUCAGAAACUGAGACCAAGGAACGAACAGCGAGAGAAUGAGCUGAUUAUCUCUUUUCUGAGAUGCCUGUAUGAGGAGAAACAGAAGGAACAUGUGCACGCUGGGGAGAUGAAGCAGCCGUCGCAGGCUGCAGCAGAGAAUCCUGGAAGUGAAUUACCACCUAGUGCCACUCGCUUUAGGCUGGACAUGCUGAGAACCAAAGCAAAGAGGUCUCUGACAGAGUCCUUGGAGAGCAUCCUGUCCCGAGGUAAUAAAGCCAGAGGCCUGCAGGAACAUUCCGCCAGCGUGGACCUCGACAGCUCCGUGUCGAGCACGUUAAGUAACUCCAGCAAGGAGCUGUCCGUGGGUGAAAAGGAGGCCUCGCCCGUCCCCGAGAGCUCCUUCAAGCUCCCCGGCUCCUCGGAUGACCUGAGCAGCGACUCGGAGAGCCGGCCUGCCCAAGAGCCCACGCCACUGUCGCCGCAGCAGGCCUUCAGGAGGCGGGCGAACACCCUGAGUCACUUCCCCGUGGAGUGCCCGGAGCCCCCCGGGCCUGCCCAGGACUCGCCGGGGGUCUCGCAGAGAAAACUCGUGAGGUACCACUCAGUGAGCACAGAGACACCUCAUGAGCACAAUGGGGACCAUGCGCCUGCGGGCGAGUCUGGACCUUGCUCAGGCCUGCGUCCGGCUCCGCCACCUCGUCUUAACCCCUCCGCCUCCUCGCCAAACUUUUUUAAGUACCUAAAACAUAAUUCCAGUGGAGAGCAAGGUGGGAAUGCUGUGCCGAAGAGCAUCUCCUACCGUACUGCCCUGCGGAAAAAACUUCAUUCCUCUUCCUCUGUGCCAAAUUUUCUAAAAUUUCUGGCUCCUGUAGACGAAAAUAACACCUCUGACUUUAUGAGCACAAAAAGGAACUCUGAGCCCAAAGCCAACCACGUGGGGGACCCUGGCGGGACCCCCGUGAAGGCGCGCAGACACUCGUGGCGGCAGCAGAUCUUCCUCCGGGUGGCCACCCCGCAAAAAGCGGGCGACUCGCCCGGCCGAUAUGAAGAUUACUCGGAGCUGGGAGACCUCCCCCCACGGUCUCCUUUAGAACCUGUUUGCGAAGAUGGGCCCUUUGGCCCCGUGCCGGAGGAAAAGAAAAGGACGUCCCGCGAGCUGCGAGAGCUGUGGCGGAAGGCUAUUCUGCAGCAGAUCCUGCUCCUCCGGAUGGAGAAGGAAAACCAGAAGCUGCAAGCCUCUGAGAAUGAUCUGCUCACCAAGCGCCUGAAGCUUGAUUAUGAAGAAAUCACUCCUUGUCUGAAAGAAGUAACUGCCGUGUGGGAGAAGAUGCUCAGCACCCCGAGGAGAGCCAAGGUCAAGUUUGACAUGGAAAAAAUGCACUUGGCUGUUGGGCAAGGUGUCCCACGUCAUCACCGGGGUGAAAUCUGGAAGUUUCUAGCGGAGCAGUUCCACCUUAAGCAACAGUUCCCCAGCAAACAGCAACCGAGGGAUGUGCCAUACAAAGAACUCCUGAAGCAGCUAACAUCCCAGCAGCACGCCAUCCUCAUUGACCUGGGGCGAACCUUCCCAACGCACCCGUACUUCUCUGCCCAGCUCGGCGCAGGGCAGCUGUCCCUGUACAACAUCCUGAAGGCCUACUCGCUGCUGGACCAGGAAGUGGGGUACUGCCAGGGUCUCAGCUUUGUGGCCGGCAUCUUGCUCCUCCAUAUGAGUGAGGAAGAGGCGUUCAAAAUGCUCAAGUUUCUGAUGUACGACAUGGGCCUGCGGAAGCAGUACCGGCCGGACAUGAUCAUCUUACAGAUCCAGAUGUACCAGCUCUCGCGGCUGCUGCACGACUACCACAGGGACCUCUACAACCACCUGGAGGAGCACGAGAUCGGGCCCAGCCUCUACGCCGCCCCCUGGUUCCUCACCGUGUUCGCCUCUCAGUUCCCGCUGGGAUUUGUCGCCAGAGUCUUCGACAUGAUCUUUCUUCAGGGAUCAGAGGUCAUAUUUAAAGUGGCUCUGAGUCUGUUGGGAAGCCACAAGCCCUUGAUUCUGCAGCACGAAAACCUAGAAACCAUAGUCGACUUUAUCAAAAGCACACUGCCCAACCUGGGCUUGGUACAGAUGGAGAAGACCAUCAACCAGGUAUUUGAGAUGGACAUCGCGAAGCAGUUACAAGCUUAUGAAGUCGAGUACCACGUGCUUCAAGAAGAGCUCAUCGAUUCCUCCCCGCUCAGUGACAACCAAAGAAUGGAUAAAUUAGAGAAAACCAACAACAGCUUACGCAAACAGAACCUUGACCUCCUUGAACAAUUGCAGGUGGCAAACAGCAGGAUCCAAAGCCUGGAGGCCACGGUGGAGCAGCUGCUGAGCAGCGAGAGCAGGCUGAAGCAGGCCCUGCUGGCGCUGGAGCUGGAGCGCGCCGCCCUGCUGCAGCCUGCGGAGGGGCUGCGGGGGCAGCCUGCGGGCCCGGCCUGUGCUCAGCCCCAGCCCACAGGCGACUGAAGGCCCGGAGGAGAGGGCGCGGCUCCGUCCCGACGCUGUCCAGGCCCUAGCUGAGAGGGACCGGAGAUGCUGGAGGAGACAAGGGAGCGUGGAGUGAGCUUCUCAGGGAGGAAACUGGCUGCCGGCACGCAGCCUCACGAGCUCAGACUCACAGCAGCCCAGGGGCACCUGUGCCGCUGUGGCGGUGGUGGUCUGGGUUCUGAUCCGUCCCUUCUCUGGUCCUGAUUACUGUACUCAAUAGCUUUAGAUGGCAUGGACACGAAUAAAUGCACCUUUAUAUUUC